AGUAGGUGGCGGUAAUGCCCCUUAAGAUGGCCGCCAACCGCCAUAAAACAAAAAGAAGAAGCAGACGUGACUUCCGGUCUCCUGUUGUGUGUUCAUGCUAGGUCUCUAAAUAAUUUUACUUUUCGAUGGCAAACCGAACCGUUAAAGAUGCAAACAGUAUUCACGGGACCAACCCGCAGUACCUGGUGGAGAAAAUCAUCAGAACUCGAAUCUACGAGUCCAAAUAUUGGAAGGAGGAAUGUUUCGGUCUGACCGGUGAGUAGCAUGUUAGGAUGAUCGAUGCUAACCGGAGAAACCCGCUGAAUUCAUUUAAAUAGAGACUUAAUUUUCAUUAAAUUUUAUAAUAUUGUCUUUUUCUAACAUGUUUGGAAACAUUUAUGUCGAUGCAGUGCGUUUAACUGAUCCUUUUAGGUAAAGAAAGUGAACCAAAAACAGGAGGAUGUAGCAGCUUAGCUGAAAGUUAGCUCCGAGCCCCGUCCUCGUGAUUUAAUUACUAAUCAUUUAUAAUAAUUUUACCUUUAAAAAUGUGUUUUUAAGAUUUACCCACUGUCAGGUAGAUACUAAAGGAUGAUGUUCAGGCUGAACUGCAUUUAAACAGACAGGACUCUGUUGUGGAAAUCAUCGCAUGCACUCAGACUCGGUAGAUUCAUGUCCUGUUCACUCUGAUGUUACAGCAGCUCAUCAUAAAUCAAGUUCACUUCCAUCAGUGAGAAACUCUUUUGUUUCUACCUGUCUCAUUAUUAAAAAAUGGCCGUAGGGAUACGGCUCAACUUACCCCGCUUUUUUUGUCCUGCUAUAUUCUGAAGAUGACAGUUCUGUUUACACUCAUUCAGUUGGUUUGCAGGGAUGAACAACAUCCUGAAAUAUCUGCAGAGACACGAGUUAGAGACAAAACUAGGAUUGACUUAAUGUAGAGGUCUGAAAUAUGAAACAUGGAUCAUCUUACCCCACUCUCCCCUACCUUGUUUUAAUGUUUCCUUUGACAGUCCUGCUCACUGCUUUAUUGACCAACAUUAAGCCUCUAAUUAUGAGUAUUUUUACGUCUCUUAUUAAGUUCAUGUUGGUGCUUUGCCUUCCUCCUUUACUCUGACUGUUAAUAAAGCACGUCGUGUCGUCCACAGCUGAGCUGGUCGUCGACAAAGCCAUGGAGCUGAAGUACGUGGGUGGAGUUUACGGCGGAAACAUCAAACCCACUCCGUUCCUCUGCCUCACUCUGAAGAUGCUGCAGAUUCAGCCAGAGAAAGACAUCAUCGUCGAGUUCAUUAAAAAUGAAGAUUUCAAGUGAGUUUGAAGAGACACAGAUGAAAAGUCCCUUCGGUGUGACUCUGAGAUGUAAAAAUGAUGAACUUCUCAUAGAUUAAAAUCCUGUUAUGAGGAAAUUAUCUCAGAUGAGUCACAUAAAGUAAUUCAGGAAAUACAAACAGCUUAUGAAUUCAUCCAGAGUUAACAAAUAUAAUGAUAGCAUGAAGAUGAAUUUGGGAACUUUUCUGCUGCAAUUUAUUUAUUUCCUUUUUCUUUUUUUUGACUAGGUAUGUUCGUUUACUGGGAGCGAUGUACAUGCGCUUAACGGGCACUGCAGUGGACUGCUACAAAUACCUGGAGCCGCUUUACAACGACUACCGAAAGAUCAAGAGUCAGAACAGGAAUGGGGGUGAGUUUUCCUCCGUGCGCUCCUGCAAAUCUCUGAAACAUUUCAGAUCAGCCCGGAGGAUUUUUCACUGCUGAAAGUGUCUGAUCGACCACUCACACCGUUCAUCUGUCUGUGAGUUUAGAGUUUGAGUUGAUGCACGUGGACGAGUUCAUCGACGAGCUCCUCCAUGCGGAGAGGGUGUGCGACAUCAUUCUACCCCGCCUUCAGGUGUGUUCACACACACAAACACACACAGACUUAGAGAAUGUUUUUAGUAUUUCAACAGCUGAUGUGUGUGUGUGUGUGUGUGUUGAUUACAGAAGAGACACGUCCUGGAGGAGGCUGAGAUGUUAGACCCUCGGAUCAGCGCUCUGGAGGAAGAUCUGGAUGAGGUGGAGAGCAGCGAAGAAGAAGAGGAAGAGGAGGAGAAGGUACUGAAAUGAACACCAUGAUGUAAAAUGAGAGAACUGUUUUUGUUUCUCCUCGUAUACUCGUCAAUACUGUCUCCCAUCGCCAAGUUCUCUCAGGUUUUAAGAAGGUCCGGGUGUUUUUUUUCUUCCCUGCAGAUGGAGAGACUCCAGACACCCGAACCCCACAGACGCGGUUACCGUGACAACGACAGACCCCGUCGCUCUCCAUCCCCUCGAUACAGACGCAGCCGCUCACCCAGACGGUUUGUGUUUCAACAUUCCAGUUUUUGUCUCAAUAAUAAAUGAAGUAAAAAGUCAGAUUUCUGUUUUUGAGUUUGAAAUUUGACCCCUUCGUUUUGUUUUCAGGAGGAGCAGAUCUCCAAAGAGGCGAAGGUAUGUGAGCUCAAAACCUUCUUCUUCUUCUUCUUUUUGAUCAAAUAUUAGACUUGUGGUUCACCGUCAUUGGUUUGUCUUGUCAUGUGUUCUCAGCCCGUCACCCAGGAGAGACCGCCAUCGCAGCAAGAGCCCACGCAGACACCGCAGCCGGUCCAGAGACAGACGCCAUCGCUCCAAAUCACCAGGUACUCCGCCGUGAAACACAGACAUGAAUGGGCUGUAAAGUGAGAGCUGGAUGAAUCUUUGAGUGACUGAAUACAGGAGGAGUAUUUCAAAUCAGAUCUGAUAAGCUUCAGCGAUCGAGAACUAAAGUAUCUUGGUUAUGAACAGGUUUUUAAGUGUCCCGCUUUUGGGUGUGUAAACAUCCCAUCCAGUACUCCGGUUCUGAGAAACCUGGAUUUCCCACCUGUAGAACUCUAAAAGAAAAAGGGUGCAGACGUGGACCAGUAGAUUCUCUGUGUGUGUGUGUGUGUAAAUGCUGCAUCCUGAAUAUGAUCAGAACCAGGAUACUCGCGUCCACGUGGACACACCCGAUCACGUUCUAGAGACCCGUCCAAUCUUCGUCGGUAAUAAUCCUAACAGGAAGAGCAGUAAAAAGGUUCUGAGUAAACAUGUUUGCUGAUGUUGUUUAUAAGGUCCUUCCUGCUCAUGAGAUUGUUUUGCUUUUAUUUUGAAGGUCACAACAGAAGCCGCAGACAUCGCAGCCACUCCAAGUCUCAGGAGAGGUGAGUUUUCGAUCUCCUUCAGCAGAUAAACAAACCCUGCUGACGCCCGUCCUUCUUUAUUUGAUGACCUCUGAUGGUUUUCUUUCAGGAGCUCCAAAAAAAGUCACAAGAAGAGCCGAAGAGGAAACGAGUGAUUUUAUUUUUCUAUCUCUUUUUUUUUUUUAAUCGUGUCUCAGAGCCGGAAACAUAAGUUUUUAUUUCACAAGAAGAGAACUUUGAUGUUGGACGCUCAGACCAUGUACAGCCCUCAGGAUUCAGCCGUGUGUUUGUACUGUUUAGACUCUCAGCCCAUGAGAGAGACAAACUGUUGAUGCUCCCUACUCUCACAUCGUCAGUGUGUUCAUCGCUGACACCUUUCGGAUCCGUGUAAAUGUAGGAAAUGUGUUUGUACAUUAAAAUAAGUUUAACAUCCACAAAUAAAGACCCCGAUUCUUUAGCCGUCUGGUUUUGGAGCUUUGAUAGAUUCCCAAAAUAUCUGAAAGAAUAAACAAGAACCACCCGAAAGUGUGAAAAAGAAAACAGUUCAACAUCUCCAACUUUUCCAUUUUCUUAGAGUGUUUCAUUUUCACUACGGUUAGCGCUGUUAAUUUGUAAAGAAAUUAAUGCUGCAGAUAUUUCUUACAGAUUGAUCAGGAAGCCCAGAAAGAGGAAACACCUGAUUCACACAAAUAUUUAGGAUGGGUAAAGAACUGCGCCGUGAAAUAAGGAGAAGUCUAGGUCAGUUACAGGCCAAAACUUGAUCAAACUUUGUACUUUAAAGUGUUUAUAGUAAAGUUAAUGAUCCCGGUUUUAACAUGUUGAUUUGGAAUAAUCCGCUCGCGAUUCGCACUCGAGUUUUAAGGCUCUGUCGAACCACCAACCACGAAACCAGCUUCAGUUUCAUUGAGGUUCAGAACUCUGUAGAAAUUCUCACUUUUAUAAAUCAGUGCUGGUAAUCUAUGAAAAGACAGGGUCGCUUAUGGUCUUUGUGUAGUACAGCAGCUCAACCGUUUGGUUGCCAUGGUUACAGUAAUCAAUUAAGGCUAUGUUCACACUGCAGGUCAAUUCAGAUUUUUUAACCAUCUGUGACUCAUAUCUGAUGUUUUUAUCCAAGUGUGAACAGGUCAGUUCUGAUUGGUUCUGAUCCGACCCAGGCCUCUUCUGUAUGUGGAUAUAAAUCAGAUAUGAAACUGAUGUGACUGCAGUGUGACGCUCAGGUCGCGUUCAUCCGACCUUUACGUCAUCAAUAUGAGACAAACGUCACCAUUGUUCAACACAAACAGGUGUGGAAAGACAUUUGUGCUUUGUGUUCAUGAGGGUCACUUUACUGACACAUUCGUUGCUGUAAUGUGAACGACGGCACAAAAAGAUCGGAUUGAACAAAAAAUCUGAAUUGUGCAUCAGAACCUGCAGAGUGAACGUAGACUUAGACAUUCAUCAAAGAUGCAAAUGAAUAUUGAGAGUUUAAUUAUUUUUGUGUUUAUUAUCACAGAUUAAUUUACUUUUUAGAAAAAUGUUAAAUACAUUUAAAAUGUUAAAACGAUCAGUGAGAUGUGCUACAGACAAAAGUUUAAAGAUGAAUUUAAAGAGCCCCCCCUGGUGGUUAUAGUGGACUGUGCAUCCUGUCCACAUUUUCAUCCCCACUCCCAAAG